AUGCACACAAAGUGAGAAAAGAGCAAACAACAUUCCAACAACUGUUUUACAGACAAGUGGCGGAACGUCUGAAGCUGGGACAAUCUGUGGAACCAGAGGCGUUCGAAAGUGUCACAAUCUUCUUCUCGGACGUCGUCGGAUUCACAGUGUUGGCGAACAAAAGCACUCCAUUGCAGGCGAGAAACCGUUUCUGUAGCGUGUGUGUGUGUGAGGACGUUAUUUGUUCUUUCAGGUUGUCAACUUGCUCAAUGAUCUUUACACCACGUUCGACGCGAUUAUUGAAAGGAAUGACUCGUACAAGGUUUAGAAUUACUUGUUUUGUUUGUACUCGAACCGAGCACUAUGAACCUCUUUCUGGUCUUUUGUGAGAAACCUCCUAUCUUCCAGGUAGAAACAAUUGGUGACGCCUACCUAGUCGUCUCCGGAUUGCCAAGACGGAACGGCACCGAACACGUCAACAACAUUGCCAACAUGAGCUUAGAGCUGAUGGAAGUGAGCGCAUUCCGACAUCUUUCGCUUCUAUUAUCAAAUUCAGAGUCUACAAUCUUACAAAAUCGCCCAUUUGCCGCAAGAAAAAGUGCAAAUUCGGAUAGGAAUGCACUCGGGAUCGUGUGUUGCUGGAGUCGUUGGAUUGACAAUGCCCAGAUAUUGUCUGUUCGGAGAUACUGUCAACACUGCGAGUCGGAUGGAGAGUAACGGAAAACCCGGUUUUAUUCAUUUGUCAUCUGAUGCUCAUGAUCUUCUCACCAGUCUGUACAAGGAAUAUAGGACAGAAAGUCGAGGAGAGGUUAUUAUAAAAGUGAGCGCGAUUUCUACCCUCACUCGCCAGCUUUAUCAUUGAUCUUUCAGGGCAAAGGAGUCAUGCAGACCUACUGGCUUCUCGGAAGAUGUGAGAGCACUUGA